UGUGCAGUGUUGUUAUUUGGAGCAUCGUUGUACGCAGCUGUUAAUAAAUCCAGAACAGGAUUUUCCUGAUAUAAUCUAUACCAGUGAUAAUGUGAAGUGGACAUAAGCCAAGAUCAAAAUAUAACUUAAAUCAAAGGGGUCAAAAAUUGGAUCAAAAUGUCUACCUCAAAUCCGGCCCCGAUAGAAAAUGGUGUUGGUGAUGAUGCUCGCGGCACCACAUAUUUCUUUUCCAGGGGUAGAUCUAGCGCGUCGCUAUGGCAACGGAUAAGUCUGUUCGUAUCCAUAUAUUGGAAGUCUCUCAUAGUUGUGUUAACACCACUCAUAUUGUUACCAAUUCCUAUCUUAAAUGCGGGAUCGGAAAAUGCAAGGGCCUACAAAUGUAUGUACGUGGUACUUAUUAUGGCUAUGUACUGGGUGUUGGAGUUGCUCCCGCUACCCGUGACGUCAAUGCUACCCAUUGUUUUGUUCCCGACCCUGGGUAUCUUGGACUCGGAUAAAACUUGUGCUGCGUACAUGAAAGAGACCAAUAUGAUGUUCAUGGGUGGGCUGAUGAUAGCCGCUGGAGUCCAGCAUUCGAAGUUACCCAAACGAGUGGCACUUUGGACAGUGCAAGUGGUUGGAUGUUCACAUAGAAGAUUGAACUUUGGUCUAACAUUUGUGACUAUGUUCAUAUCAAUGUGGGUGUCAAAUGCGGCUGCCACCACAAUGAUGGUGCCAAUUGUUGAGGCCAUUCUCGAAGUCUUGGAACAGCAAGGAUUAGGAGAUGUUUACGUGAAUAAAAAGAAAAAUGCACUCCCAGAGAAUGGCAAAGAUGUUAAACCUGACAACAGGAAUACUGAUGAAGAAGCUGCGAUGCCGAGUGAUAUAACAAUAUGUUAUUACCUGAGCAUCGCGUAUGCCUCCACAUUGGGCGGCUGUGGCACACUCGUUGGCACAGCUACAAACUCUGCCUUCAAAGGAAUAUUCGAUUCCGAGUUCCCCGAGAUCUCUGGGUCGGUGAACUUCUUCUGGUUCAUGGCAUACAGCACACCACCAAUGCUGCUGAUGCAGCUGCUGGUCUGGCUCUCAUUGCAGGUCACAUUUAUGGGACUCUUCAGACCUAAAAGUGAGGCAGCAAAGAACGUGAACAAAGCAUCUUCGGGUUCCUUCACCACGAUGAAGGUGAUCAAGGAGCAGUACAGGAAUCUCGGACCUAUCACCUUCCAUGAAAAGGCGUCAGGUUUCCUGUUCAUCCUGGCGGUGUUCCUGUACAUCUUCCGCAAGCCAGGCUUCAUGCCGGGCUGGGCUGACGUCAUCACCACCAUGAAGGUGAAAGAUGGUGUGACUUCUAUGUUCAUAGUGGUGCUGAUGUUCAUAUUGCCAAUGUCCAUGGACUUUAUCAAGUUCUUCUCAGCCUCCGCAUCUUAUGAAGAAUUAGCAGCAUCCAAACCAUCUUCAGGUGUUGUGACUUGGGGAAUACUGAAGGAGAAAAUACCCUGGGGUCUGCUAUUCUUGUUGGGUGGUGGCUUCGCUCUGGCGGAAGGCAGCAAAGCUACCGGCUUGUCUUCGAUGAUAGGCUCAUCACUGAACGGUCUCCAUGGUCUUCAUCCUGCCCUCGUGCUGCUGGUGGUGGUGCUCGUCACACAGUUCAUCACCGAGUUCACCUCUAAUGUCGCCAUCGCCAAUCUCAUACUGCCCGUACUCGCUAACAUGGCGCGUACUCUGGACAUGGACCCUCGGUACCUGAUGGUGCCAGCGACCCUGGCCUGCUCCAUGGCCUUCCACAUGCCGGUUGGCACCCCGCCUAAUGCUAUUGUCGCUGGCGUUGCCCACAUACCUACUUCAAAGAUGGCUGUGGGUGGUAUUGGUCCUAAAAUAAUAACCACCCUUAUAGUAUGGGGUGCGUACCCCACCUGGGGAUCACUCAUCUUCAAAGCGGAGGAUAUCAUCGGACUGCAGACUUCUACUGACACCGCACCCAUCACCAACUUGACCCUCAGCUGUAAUGCCACCACUGCCAGCUUAUCUAUGACACCCAAUUUUAACUGCUCUAGUACAGCUAAUAUUGUUAAAGGUGCAUUUAACUGCAGUUAUUCACCGUUUAAAAGUUAACUGGUUGCAAAUAACUGAUACAGUAGACCAAAUAUGUAGCGGUUUAGUUGAAUGAUAAAUUGAAAACUCUAAUAAUGAAAAAAAAAAUGCAUUUAAAUCCAUUUUUAUAUCUGAUAUAGUAUUUUUAACAUAAUAUGUCCAUAGAAAAAUUUAAGAGCUUAAAAAACCCUCUUUUUUAAAGCUAUAUGUUAUCUCUUACGUGUUGUACGAAUCCUGUGACGUCAUCAGAAGGUAUCAUGUUAUGGUCCACGUGUUGUAUCUUCAACUGAGUCGCUACACAUUAGUUACAAUACCAAAAGUUUUAUAUAUUUUUAUACGACAAAUAUAAUGUUAUAAUGAUAGCGGAUAAAGCGGGUGCUGACUUAAAUAUUUAAAUAAUAGUCUGUGGUCGCGUCGGCCAUUUUGUGAUAUGUCAAUUUCUUGACUAAUGCAUUUUAGAGCAAUUUAUUUAUGGUCUCUUAUAUAUUUCUCUCAUUGAUUGUUACCAAUUUUUUUAUGUUUUUCUUUUUUUUUUAUUAAAUC